AUGGAUAGUAAGUCUAAUAAAGUUGGAGAUCGGGAACAAAAAGAUCAAGACGCACCGCCACCCCCAUAUACACCAGAGCAAGCUGGUAGUUCAAAUACCAACACUUCUGUCGUUACAAACGAAGGAGGUGCUACUGAACAAACUCGUUUGAAUUCAAAACCACCACAGUCAUAUACUGCUACAAACACCUAUACGCCUACUCCCAACUUAUCUUACUCCCCUCCUACAAACAGAGGAAUUUAUCAAGCUCCUGAAACGGUCGUACUUACAGCGGCAGUACCUUUAGAGGCUUUACGCACUGAACCAGUUGUGACAACCUGCCCUCAUUGUCGACAGGUUGUUUUGAGUAGCGUUCGUUUUGAAGUUGGUGGUUGUACUUGGUUGACAAGUUUUGUCUUAUUAUUCUUGGGCAUUGGUGGUGGUGGUUGUUUAAUUCCCUUCUGUAUAUCUGAUUUAAAAGAUAGUUAUCAUUCUUGUCCAAAUUGUGGUAAAAUUAUGGCAAAAUAUUCAAGAUUGGAUGGUAAAGUGUUUAGAUAUAGAGGAUAA